GUUAAGUGAGCGAGCUCGGGGGAACACUCAUCACUGUGUUGGCAAGACCCAGGAACCCCAAAUCCCCCCAGGAGGCGUGGCGGCGAGGUGCCGGCCGCUCGAUCCUGCCUCCAAACCCACAGAGGGGGAACUGAGAGGCCCUCAGGACGAUCUUCUCACCAGAGUCUCAUAUAGACCAUGGCCGAACCGCUGAAGGAGGAGGACGGCGAAGAUGGCUCUGGGGAGCCCCCUGGGCGGGUGAAGGCAGAACCCGUCCACACCGCUGCCUCUGUCGUGGCCAAGAACCUGGCCCUGCUCAAAGCCCGCUCCUUCGACGUGACCUUUGAUGUGGGGGACGAGUACGAGAUCAUCGAGACCAUAGGCAAUGGGGCCUACGGGGUGGUGUCCUCGGCGCGCCGCCGCCUCACGGGCCAGCAGGUGGCCAUCAAGAAGAUACCCAAUGCUUUUGAUGUGGUGACCAAUGCCAAACGGACCCUCAGGGAACUGAAGAUCCUCAAACACUUCAAACACGACAAUAUCAUCGCCAUCAAGGACAUCCUGAGGCCUACUGUGCCCUAUGGAGAAUUCAGAUCUGUCUAUGUGGUACUGGACCUCAUGGAAAGUGACCUACACCAGAUCAUCCACUCCUCACAGCCACUCACACUGGAACAUGUGAGAUACUUCCUGUACCAGCUGCUUCGGGGCCUCAAAUACAUGCACUCUGCUCAGGUCAUCCACCGUGAUCUUAAACCCUCCAACCUUCUGGUCAAUGAGAACUGUGAGCUCAAGAUUGGUGACUUUGGAAUGGCCCGUGGCCUGUGUACUUCCCCUGCCGAGCACCAGUACUUCAUGACUGAGUAUGUGGCUACUCGCUGGUACCGUGCCCCUGAACUCAUGCUCUCCCUGCAUGAGUACACACAGGCUAUUGACCUCUGGUCUGUGGGCUGCAUCUUUGGUGAGAUGCUGGCUCGGCGCCAGCUCUUCCCAGGCAAAAACUACGUGCACCAGUUACAGCUGAUCAUGAUGGUGUUGGGAACUCCAUCCCCAGCAGUGAUUCAGGCUGUGGGGGCUGAAAGAGUGAGAGCCUAUAUCCAGAGUCUGCCACCAAGGCAGCCUGUGCCUUGGGAGACCGUGUACCCAGGUGCUGACCGCCAGGCCCUUUCGCUACUGGGACGGAUGUUGCGAUUUGAACCCAGCGCCCGAAUCUCAGCUGCAGCUGCCCUUCGCCACCCCUUCCUGGCUAAGUACCAUGACCCUGAUGAUGAACCUGACUGCGCCCCACCUUUUGACUUUGCUUUUGACCGUGAAGCCCUUACCAGGGAGCGCAUUAAGGAGGCCAUUGUGGCUGAGAUUGAGGACUUCCAUGCACGACGGGAGGGCAUCCGCCAACAAAUCCGCUUCCAGCCUUCUCUGCAGCCUGUGGCUAGUGAGCCUGUGUGUCCAGAUGUUGAGAUGCCCAGUCCCUGGGCUCCAAGUGGAGACUGUGCCAUGGAGUCACCUCCUCCAGCACUGCCACCAUGCUCUGACCCUGCCUCUGACACCGUUGAUCUGACUCUGCAGCCUGCCCCUCCAGCCAGUGAGCUUGCUCCACCAAAGAGAGAGGGCGCCAUCUCCGACAAUACCAAAGCAGCCCUCAAAGCUGCCCUGCUCAAGUCCUUGAGGAGCCGGCUCAGAGAUGGGCCCAGUGCACCCUUGGAGGCUCCCGAACCUCGAAAGCCUGUGACAGCUCAGGAACGCCAGCGAGAGCGGGAAGAGAAGCGCAGGAGGCGACAGGAGAGAGCCAAGGAGCGGGAGAAGCGACGACAAGAGCGAGAGCGCAGGGAGAGGGGGGCUGGUACCUCGGGGGGCCCCUCUACUGACCCUCUGGCUGGACUGGUGCUCAGUGACAAUGACCGAAGCCUGCUAGAGCGGUGGACUCGCAUGGCUAGGCCUCCUGCCCCAGCCCCUGCCCCUGCCCCUGCCCCUGCCCCUGCCCCUGCCCCUGCCCCUGCCCCAGCCCCAGCACCAGCACCAGCCCCAGCCCCAGCACCGUCCUCUGCCCAACCCACUAGUCCUCCCACUGGCCCCGUAUCUCAGUCUACUGGUCCCCUACAGCCUGCAGGCUCUAUUCCUGGUCCUGCCUCUCAGCCUGUUUGCCCACCCCCUGGCCCUGUUCCCCAGCCUUCUGGCCCUAUCCCUGCCCCUCUCCAGACUGCCCCUUCCACUAGCCUUUUGGCCUCCCAGUCACUUGUGCCACCUAGUGGGUUGCCUGGUUCUGGUGCCCCAGAAGUUCUGCCUUACUUCCCAUCUGGCCCACCACCUCCAGAUCCUGGGCUCACCCCUCAGCCUUCUACAUCAGAGUCACCUGAUGUCAACCUGGUGACCCAGCAGCUGUCCAAGUCUCAGGUGGAGGACCCCCUGCCUCCCGUGUUCUCAGGCACUCCGAAGGGCAGUGGGGCUGGCUAUGGUGUUGGCUUUGACCUGGAGGAAUUCUUAAACCAGUCCUUUGAUAUGGGUGUAGCUGAUGGGCCACAGGAUGGCCAGGCAGACUCAGCCUCACUCUCAGCCUCCCUCCUUGCUGACUGGCUUGAGGGCCACGGCAUGAACCCUGCUGACAUUGAGUCUCUGCAGCGUGAGAUCCAGAUGGACUCCCCAAUGCUGCUGUCUGACCUGCCUGACCUCCAAGAGCCCUGAAACCCACAACGUGUGCCUUGCUGCCAGGACAGACCCAGCUUCAAGGUCCAGGGGUACAAUCCCGAGGGCUGCAGCCUUGGGCCUGGCAGGUGAGGCUCAGCUUGAGUUACUCUGCAGGUUCAUCUCAGACCCACCUUACAGCCUUAAGCAGCCACCUGAGCCACCACCGAGCCAUACAGGAUUGGGAGACUCUACUCCUCCCUGAGCACUCUUCUCCAGUAUUGUAUUUUUUACUAUUGUUGUAAUAUGCGUUUGUUUUGCCAUCAAAAUGAGGCCUGUGAAAUACAAGGCUUCCUUUAACCUGA